AUGACGAAAGGGUCCAAGAAGAGAGUUAGUCAAUUCGAAUUGUUACCGACAGAAUUUUCUGCCGAUCAAUCGAAUGACAAUAAUCAAGUUUAUUCCAUUUCAUCGAGUCAACACAUAUCAGACGAGUCACCGGCACGGAUAGAAGAUGAUUCGACAAGAGGUCGUCGGAUUAUUGAUGAUGUUAACAUGAACAAUAAAAUGUCGAAAUCGAAAUUUCUAAUGGAACCGGAAACAAAUUUCAAUCCUUUGAUCGAAUACGCCAAUGAACCAUUGUUACCACUCUACAAAGCAUGUGUUCCGCUAGAGAGUCUCAUUUAUAACCUGUCAGGAUAUGUUAAAUUAGCACUUGAUGCAACACCCGAACAGCCGCCGGAUGGAUUAACCAUUGAUGAAAGUGCCGCUAUUCGUUUGUACACAUUCGAAUGGAAUAAACCACAUAAAAGUCUCUAUUGGAUGUUAAAUCAUAGUCUUAAGAGUGACAAUCGCGAAGAUCUUCGUCCAUACUUUAAGUAUUUGAAAUUAUUUCUAACAGCACUAGUAAAAUUACCGUGUGUGCCGCCAUUGACAGUUUGGCGUGGUGUGACAAAAAAUUUAAGUCAAGAAUUUCCACCGAGCACUCCUGUGACAUGGUGGGCAUUUUCAUCAUGUACAACUCAAAUGACGAUUCUCGAAAAUAAUUUUUAUUUGGGAAAUACUGGAAAUCGAACGUUGUUUUCAGUGGAAGUUAUCAAUGGACGAACAAUACGAAAUCAUUCACAUUAUCCGACAGAAGACGAAAUUCUUCUCUUACCGGGAACACAUAUGAUCGUUCAAUCUCAGCUCAGUCCGGCAUCGGAGCUCUAUAUCAUUCAUCUGAGACAAGUUAAACCAGAAAAAGUUCUACUUCAACCUCCAUUUGAAGGUGCUGAGCUUUAUCCAAAAAUUAAACGUCAAUGGUAUCAUAAGAAACGAUUCGUCAUUCCGAUUUGUUUUCUGCUAAUGUUAAUGAUUGGAGGAAUCAUUCUAGGAUCUGUUCUAGGAACACGAAACCAUUACAAUACCCUCGGAGAAUGUAAACAGCCUUUUCAAUCGGCAGAUCGUUAUCGAACUCGAUAUCGACCCACAUCUGCUGCAGUUGGUCAUUUCAGAAAUAGUCAACAGUUAGAUGUUGCAGUUGUUACGGCUGAUAAUGGUUUUAGUCUGUUAUUUGGAGAAAACGACGGCACGCUGCAAGUUCCUGGAACGUACAAUACUGUUCAAAUGCCAUCGUUGAUCGUAUCAGGUGAUUUCAACAAUGAUAAAAAUCGCGACCUUGCGGUAGCCAAUUACAUCGAAAAUGUUAUUCUCGUACUGUUUGGUGAUGGCACUGGUCUUUUUCCGACGUCAACAAGGUACGCCACUCGUCACUUCCCAUCGGCUAUGAUAGUCGGCGACUUUAACAAUGAUGCCAAUCUUGAUAUAGCAGUGACUGAUUCUAUUGACAAUAACCUUCUUGUUAUACGUGGUAACGGAAACGGAACAUUUCAAAAUGCAACCAGUGUCAAGGUUCGUCAUACGCCCUCGUUCAUUGUUUCAGGAGAUUUUAACAAAGACAGCAUACCUGACUUAGCAGUAGCCAACUCCGAUGAUAACUGUGUUAGUGUCCUAUUUGGUGAUGGAGAUGGAAACUUUCAACUCUCAAUGGAUUAUACAGUUGGUGCUUAUCCUGUGGCGAUGGUAGUCAGUGAUUUUAACAAUGAUUCUAUACUUGAUAUUGCGGUAGGAAAUCGAGCUGAUAACAGAAUCACUAUUCUAUGUGGCGGCGACAACGGUAGUUUCCAGUACGCAAUAAACUAUUGGACUACCGGAGCUCCUUACGCUAUGACAGGAGGUGAUUUUGAUCAUGAUGGGAGAAUGGAUUUAGCCGUCGUCAAUUUAAACGAUGCUGUCGUUUUUGUUCUAUUCGGAGAUGGACAAGGAAGUUUUAACUUCAGGGCCACACAUAGUAUUAAUCUCUCUCCGAUAUCGAUUGUAUCAGCUGACCUGGACAAAGAUGGUUAUUUAGAUUUGUUGGUGGGUCGUGACGAUGCCGAUUAUAUUAUGGUUCUAUAUGGUUUUCCACGUGGUGCAUUUUCAACGUAUCCUAGCUAUUACACUGUCGGUCAUCUUCCGUGGUCGAUCGAUGUCGCUGACUUCAACAAGGAUCAAGUGCUGGAUUUGGCAGUGACAAAUUUUGGUGAUAAUACUGUCAGUAUUCGGCUGGGCACCGGUAAAAGAGAUUUCUUUACUUUGAUGAGCACUGAUAUUGCUAGCUAUCCACGCGCAGUAGCAUCAGGUUAUUUUAAUAAUAACGAUACGAAUUUGGAUCUAGUAGUAGCGAAUUCAUUUGCCAAUACGAUCAGUGUACUGCUGGGUGAUGGACGUGGGUUUUUUCAAUUGGCGAUGAAUUAUACUGUAGGUAGUUGCCCAGGCGCUCUCAUAUCAACGGAUUUAAACAAUGAUAACAGAGCAGAUGUCGUAGUCGCUAAUUCAGAUGACACGACAGUGCAUGUGUUUCUCGGUGAUGUUAAUGGACUUUUUCAGGCUUCGAUUAAAUAUGAAGUUGGUCGUAAACCAUCGUCCGUAGCAUCAGGUGAUUUCGAUAGCGAUAAUAAAUUCGAUAUUAUAGUAACGAAUCCUUAUGAUAACACGGUCACUAUACUAUUUGGUGAUGGCACUGGCCAUUUUCCAAAGAGUAAGAAUUAUACAACUGGUGAUUGGCCGAGUGCUGUGAAAGUUGAUGACUUUGAUCAAAAUGGUAAAAAGGAUCUCGUCGUCAGCAAUAGAAAUAAUAACACUAUUAGCAUCUUUCUUGGGAAUGGUGAUGCAACGUUCCAAGAUCCAAUAAAUUAUCCUGUGGGUUUAUGGCCCGGUGCUGUCACUAUUGGUGAUUAUAACAAUGAUAAAAGAAUUGAUCUAGCCGUUGUCAAUUCCGCUAACAGCAGUAUCAGUGUACUACUUGGCCGAGGUGAUGGAACAUUCAAUGCUGCUACUACCCAUUCUACUGGGAACGCACCGAACUCCAUCACAUCAGACUAUUUGGACAAUAGCGGAAAACCAAGUUUAAUUGUUACGAACGGUGUCUCCAAUGAUUUGUCUGUUUUCAGAAACAUUUGUAAAAAUUAG